ACCACCAUUUCUUUCUUUUGCACUGCCACAGCACAGCACAGCACACCCUCUUCAUUUCGCCUCCCGUCCCCUCAAUAAACCCUCCUCCCCUUCCCUUCCCCUCCGUUCACACAAUCCCCUCCUCCUCCCCUCCCCAAGCAACCAACCCUCGCCGUCGCCGAUCACCGCCGGACGGGAGCUUCCCCAACCGUCUCCCGGCGAUUCCUCGCUUAAUGCAAUGGUCAAGAAGAAAUCUUCAUGGAGCCAGGUUGUGAGUGGCAGGCCAACAAACCUCUUUGUUCCUGCAAGAAAUCUUCCAGUGCAGGAUCUUGGAGCUGUAAUUUUCGGCUGCACAAACAAUACUAUUGCUGAGUGCCACUCGCGCCAACUUUUUGGCUUGCCAAAAGCACAUCUCUCAUAUGUACACAACAUCAAGGAAGGGCUACCUCUAUUCCUGUUCAAUUAUGAUGAUCGCAGAUUGCAUGGCGUUUAUGAAGCUGCAAGCAAUGGCAAAUUCUGUCCUGAAUCAAAUGCAUGGACAAAUAAUGGCUACGAAAAGACAAGCUAUCCUGCUCAGGUUGCAAUGCGGAUGAGAAUGUGGUGUGUUCCACUAGAAGAGAGUAAAUUCAGGAAUGCUAUUAUAGGCAAUUAUUACCAGAAGACGCCCACUGUCUAUGGCCAGAAGCCUCACUUCUUCAGAUUUGAAUUGGAUCAUGCACAAACACGUGCUUUGAUGGCUAUGUUUACUCCUUCGCCUUCCCCCAUCAAGUUCUGGACGCCUCCUGUUUCACAACCAGGAGCUCAGCAUGUGAGUGAACCAACACCACCUCCUGUGUGGGUACAAAAAUUUGAGGGUAACAAUGAGCUCAAAGCAGAAAAGGUUUUAGUGUCAUAUGCAGAUGCGGUAAAGCAAAGCAAGUUUGAGGUUGAGGGAGUUGGACUAAGAGAUGUGGAUGAUGGGCGGAACAAUGAGUGGAACAAUGAGCGGAACAAUGAGUGGAACAAUGAGUGGAACAAUGAGCGGAACAAUGAGUGGAACAAUGAGUGGAAUAAUGAGCGGAACAACGAGCUCAAACCAGAAAAGGUUUUACCAGAAAAGGGUUUAGUGUCAUAUGCAGACAUGGUAAAGCAGAACAAGUUUGAGGUUGAGGGAGUUGGAAUGGCAGAUGUGGACAAUGGGCAUGCCAGCUCAAGCAAAGAAUCUUCCAAUGGUUUCGAUGAUCUCGACUGCAAAGAGACACCACCAGAGUGGGAGGAUCAUGCACUGUUCAGUAAGGGAGUUGAAGUGCAACAGCAGCAACAAUCUGCCCAGCAGGAAAAUGAGCUUAGCUUCACGUUGGUAUUAGAGAAGCUUAAGGCUCUAUCAGUCCAGCAACUUAGUUCUGAAUUUUAUGCCAAUGGAGCUGGGACUGAAGGCAUUGAUGCAUAUGGUUGUAAGGACAUGCAAGAAGUUAAAGGUACAUUUCUUGAGGGGCACUGUGGUUUGCCGGAGAACUUAGAUACCGAAGUCGAUCAGCUUGCCUGGGAGCAUUCCAGUUUGCUACUCCAAGGAUUGGACUAUGAAUCCUAUUCAGAAGCUAAGUUGAUAGAUGUGGUUAAAGGACUGUCCGAACGUAUAGAGACUAUGGAGAAGAAGCAGAUUAUUUCCAACAAAGAAGUCAAAUGCCUACAAGGAGUGAAUGACAGGUUGCUCAAAAGAGUUGUUGAGCUAAAGAACACAGUGAAGAAUUUGAAUUCGAAAAUAGAUCCUUUAUCUCUAGAUGAUUCACUAAAUCAGUUUGUUGAAGAAUGUUUGGGUUCAGAAGAUGUCAUUUAUCUCAUUGGUGGUUUCGAUGGCAUCUCAUUUUUGUCAUCAUUAGACUCCUUCUCACCCUCCUUGGACAUACUAACACCUCUGAAACCAAUGACUGCUGGGAAGUCCUAUACCUCUGCUGUCGCGUUAGAUGGCAAAAUAUUUGUUCUUGGUGGUGGUGAUGGCGCUUGCUGGUUUGAUACAGUUGACUGUUAUGACCGAAGACGUGAUGAUUGGACCCCAUGCCCAGCACUGACUCAUGGAAAGGGGAGCCUCGCUGGAGUUGGUUUGCAUGGGAAAAUUUAUGCAUUUGGCGGUGGAGAUGGCAUUUGCUGUUUCUCUGACAUGGAGGUGUUUGAUCCUGCUCAGGGAAAGUGGACAAAGAGUCACCCUAUGCUAGAAAAGCGCUUUUCUCUAGCUGGUACGGAACUUAAUGGUGUGAUUUAUGCAGUUGGCGGUUUCAAUGGCGUUCGAUAUCUGAGCUCUGCUGAGAGGCUUGAUCCUAGGGAGCCUAACUGGAAAAUGCUCCCAGCAAUGAGUACAGUAAGAGGUUGUCAUACGGUGGCAGUGCUUGAUGAGAAGAUAUAUGUAAUGGGUGGUUAUGAUGCUGAUGCUGGAGCAAUGGUGUCCACCGUUGAGGUGUACGAGCCAAGAAUGCCGUCAUGGGUGAUGGUGGAACCAAUGAACUACACCAGAGGGUACCACUCUUCAGCUGUGCUUGGUGGCUCGAUAUUCACACUGGGUGGGGUCAAAGGUGAAGCAGAUACAAUCUUGGAUGUGGUGGAGCGCUACAAGGAAGGCUGUGGUUGGGUGAAUACAGGGAUGAAGUCAACCGGCAGCAGAUGCUACUGCUCUGCCAUUGUUCUCUGACCGACCGGCUUUCUCCGAUCUACGUUGACACUCCGAACCUAUACCUACUAUCUAAGUACUCCCUCCGUCCCGAAAUACUUGUCAUCAAAAUGGACAAAAAAGGAUGUAUCUAGAACUACAAUAUGUCUAGAUACAUCUCCUUUUAUCCAUUUUGAUGACAAGUAUUUCCGGACGGAGGGAGUAUCUCUCUAAGCUGCUGCUGCUGCUGCUGAUGAGUGAACUGCAAAGCAAACUGUUAAGACCCUGGAGGGUCCUCUCUUUGUCCUUGUCUGAAUUCAGAAGCCCUUGCCUCCUGAGCCGAGAAAACCGUCAUCGACUGUCCAAUUUCUCGUUUCUUGUUUUUUGGAUCUUAAUUGACAGCGCAGCAAA